AUGUUCACCCCGCGGGAGAGCCUCGCGACAACGCCGCGAGAGAGUCACGCGAUGACGCCGCGAGACGCGCGCGACGGCGGACAAACGGAGGGGCGGGAGGAUGGCGGGACGGAGGAGGAUACAGAUGAUAAGAAGGAGGAGACGGAUACAGAUGACGAUGAUGGGGAGGAUGGCGAGGACGGGGAGGAUGGCGACUCGGAAGAUGGUGCAGACGACGCGAUUCGAGACGACAGCGAUGUCAAUCUGGCGGCCAUGCGUAGCCUCAAGGCGUCGCGCAGCCGCAGGGGCAUGGUGUCGUUCGCGGACAGGGGGAGCGGGAGCGAGGGGGGCGGGGGGGACGGGGAGGGGGAUGAUGGGUACAACGAGGAGGUGGAGCAGCGGGAGAAGCUCGACCAGGAGGUCAUUCAGGCCAUGUACGAGCGAGUGAAGCACAUGGGGGAGCUAACGGACAACUUCAAGAACCUGUUCUUCUUCCUCUGCUACACCUGCCUUUACCUCGCCGUGCUCUACCUGCAAGCCGACGCCUCCAUCUGCUACCAAGUCACCACCGCCCACAACGUGCUGCUGCCGCCAGACUACACAGCAGCGGCGUCCAUGACCAUGAACGGUCCAGACGACUUCUACUCGUGGAUCAACGACAGCAUCAUACAGGUGGUAUGGAAGGACCCCCCAUGCGGCAACGGCAUUUGCGAGCGCCCCCUUGAGUUUGAGGCCUUUGGUCGCUUUGGCUGCUCGGCGGACUGUGGGGACCUGACAGAAGUGACCAGCGUGACGGUGCACCUCACCACCGACUUCCAUUCUGCCUUGGACGCUGCUGCCUCCUCCUGGAACCUCUGCCGCGAUGCUCCCACCCCUCUCUGCUGGUACCCAGAGGACCAGCAGUUCACAGAGCUCGCAUCGGACACGCAGGUCACGCUCUCUCUGCCAGACGGCUCAUGGUCUCUCGUGCUCAAUGCCCCGGGGGGAGGUGUGGCUGGCACCUCCCCUCGUCCCUCUCUGUCCCAAGUUCUCCCCCCCUUCUCGCCCCCUCCUUUCCUACCUGCCUGCAGGCCUGCUCGCGCUUUGCGGGCUGUCUGGCCAGCUACUGUGGGGCUGGAGGGUACUCCCCUGCAGCCCCCUCCUCGCACUUUGUCCCCAAGUUCUUCCCCCCUUCUCGCCCCUUCCUCUCCUACCUGCCCCCUCCUCUCCUACCUACCUGCAGGCAUGCUCGCGCUUUGCAGGUUGUCUGGCCAGCUACUGUGGAGGGUACUCCUCUGCAACCCCUUCCUCGCACUCUGUCUCCAGAUUCCCUCCCUUCCCCUCCUCGCCCGUUCCUCUCCGACCUACUCGCAGGCGUGCUCGCGCUUUGCAGGCUGUCUGGCCAGCUACUGUGGGGCUGGAGGGUACUCCCCUGCAGCUCUCUCCUCCCUCUUUGUCACAUGCGCCUCUGCUUGCAAUGACAACUCAUCCCUGCCCUUCCUGCCCUUUACUGAUUUCUCCUGCGCUGAGAUAAUCAACGCCACGGCAGACGGCCUUGCAGGCUUCCAGUGCUCCUUGUUGCUCCGUGACAAAGGCACAUGCUGUUCACACCACCAUCGUCAUUCACCUGUCUCUCCCCUUACUGCAUUUCAGAUGCUUAACGUCCACACUUUUCCUUUUUCACUCCCUUUUUCAACUCACGGUGCUGUGCAUACUCACUGCAGCAAUCAGACGGCCCGCCUGUCUCGGGACCAGGCGGCUCGUUUUGUCCUUCUCCUCACAGCGGCGCUCAAGUCCGUCGUCCUGUUGCCGGACGAUGACGUGGCAGAUGCCGCCCGGCUGCUGCGUGCACUUGAUCCUGUUGUUGUGGACCCCUCCCUGCCUUCCUGUGGCACCACUGAUGCUGCCCGGCUGCUGCAUGCGCUCGACCCUGUGGUCGUGGACCCCUCUCUGCCUUCCUGUGGCACCACUGGUGAGUGUGGGACGAGCAUUGGGCAGCCCAGCACGGCGGUGCGUACUCCGUUCCGUGCCAUACCAUGCCAUGUGUGGCAUCUCAUGUCUCUCCCUCGUCUCGUGUGUACCAUCCCUUGCCCCACCACCAGGCACGGGUCCCACGGUGAUGUGGGGGACGAGCAGGCAGCCCAGCACGGCGGUGCGUACUCCGUUCCGUGCCAUACCAUGCCAUGUGUGGCAUCUCUCUCCCUCGUCUCGUGUGUACCAUCCCUUGCCCCACCACCAGGCACGGGUCCCACGGUGAUGUGGGGGGCGAGCAGGCAGCCCAGCACGGUGGUGCCGGUGGGGGAGCGAGUCACGUGGGUGUGGGCGGACGGGCAACCGCAUGCCAUCAACGUGGCGGGGUUUGGAGAUGCUGCAACCACGCCUUUCUAUGGCAUGGGCAGCGGGCGGCUGGUGGUGAGUGCUGACGUGGCAUGCAGUGCGGAGAACGUGGGGACCACGGCGACGCUCAUCAACGACUCACACGCGUCCACCGCUGAUCCUGCGCCAUGUGUUCUCAGACCCACCAGCAGCAUGGCUGCCUCGUCCCCACCCACCCCCUUCUCCUACACCACAGUCUUCCCUGUGCCGGGGACCUUCGUCUACGAGUGUUCACGCGUGGGGGAGCCCAUGCGAGGCUCUGUCACUGUCCUCCCCCCCUCUUCCUCCUCCUCGCCUUCCCCACCCCCCUCCUCCUCCUCUCGUUCCCGCGCUGCCAUUGGUCAGUCCAGCAAGCCAAUAGAAUGCGCGCCAGGCUGCCUCCUUUCCUCACUAGCAGACGGAAAAUGCAACCCACCCUGCAACGUCGACGAGUGUGCAUUUGACGGCGGGGACUGCGCAUGCGCCCUGCCGGCCACGUCCAUUCCCGAGCCUGCAUCCGUAGCUUCGGGCUCGGUGCCAGGCUCGGGGUUAGCCAUAGGGGACGGCCUCUCUUUCCCCUUCACCCUCGACAUGUUCUCCAAUGCCACGUCAGCAGCCGGCAACGCCGCGUCGGCUGGCAACGCCACGUCAGCAGUUGCGUCUGCUGCCGUGGCGGCAGGCAAUGCGUCGUCAGCAAACGGCACUGAGGAGGUGGCACUGUCUCGCUUCGUGGCGGAACAAAACAGGGUGCUGAUAGGACUGAAGAUUGAGCAGACUCGGUGGGACGCCGUAACCUGCCAGCCAUACAGGUUCUCCUCCCUCUUUCAGAACUGCAUGAACGGCAUAUCCACCGCCCCCUUUGGCGUCAACCCGCACUUCCUGCCCUCCUCCUCGCUCUACUUCCCUGACGCCUACGUGGCGCUCAAUGACUCGCUGACCAGCGCUGACGUGGACACCAUGCAGCCAAUCGCGACGCGGCCUGACGGCGUACCCUAUGGCUUCCAAGUCGCCAAGGCAAAUGAAAAGGUGUUUCCGGUGAUAUUUGACAUCAACCUGGACAACGAGGCAGCCACGCGACGCCUGCAGUAUCUGGCGGACAGCUUCUUCAUCGACAAUGCCACGCAGUCCGUCUCUGUUGCCAUGCUCACCUACAAUGGCGACUCCAGUCUGUUUGUGUAUACCACCGUGCGGCUCAACUUUGAGAUUGGAGGCAAGAUAGCAGUGACAUACAGUGUGGACCCAGUAGACGUGGAGCUCUACUCGUCCAGCGCCGACUGGGUGCGGCUGACGGUGACGGUGCUGUAUGUGUGCGCCGUGGUCUGGAACCUCAUAGAGGAGCUCGUGGAGGCGUUUCAAUGCUGGCUGGAGACAGGCAGGAUCACAUCAUACUUCCGAACGCUGUGGAACUGGCUGGAUGUGCUUUCUCUCACCAUCCAAUUCAUUGGCAUCAUCAUGUGCUGGCCGGUGCCUUCUAGGUGGUUUAAGAAACCUCAUCUCAUCCCCCUCCUCUCCACCCCCACCUCAUCUCCUCCCCCUCCUCUCCACCCCCACCUCAUCUCCUCCCCCUCCUCUCCACCCCCACCUCAUCUCCUCCCCCUCCUCUCCACCCCCACCUCAUCUCCUCCCCCUCUUCUCCACCCCCACCUCAUCUCCUCCCCCUCCUCUCCACCCCCACCUCAUCUCCUCCCCCUCCUCUCCACCCCCACCUCAUCUCCUCCCCCUCCUCUCCACCCCCACCUCAUCUCCUCCCUCCUCCCCCCGCGCAGGUUCAUCAUAUCAGUGCAGAUGGCCGGAGGCUUCCAGGUGCAGCCGCGCUACGACAUCUAUGUCUCGGGGGACUCGCCCUUUGUCUGGCGGCUGCUGUACCCCCCAGUGGGCUACGAGCUGGCGCAGGGAGUGUGCGACUCGGUUCUCAACCUCGUGCAGUGGCCUCUGCUUUUGUCUCCCUGCAUAUCCCUUUCCGCUUCCCCCUCUCCCACACACCUCCCCCCUUCCUCUCCCCAACAGUUGCAGUACCCCCCGAUGGGCUACGAGCAGGCGCAGGCAGUGUACGACUCCAUUCGCAACCUCGUGCAGUGGCGCUCCAUCCUGGUGUCGCUGCAGGGCAUCAACGUCUUCCUCUUCCUGCUGCGGCUCCUCAAGCUGAUGGACUUCCAGCCGCGCAUCGCCAUUCUCACGCGCACCAUGGCGGCAGCCUUCCCCGCCCUCGUGCACUUCUUCCUGCUCUGGGCCAUCAUGUUCAUCGGCUUCUCCUUCUAUGCCUACGUGGUCUUUGGACGAACGCUGGAGCAGUUCAGCACGGUGGCCAUGUCGAUGGUAUCGUGUUUCCUCAUCCUGAUCAACGACAACAGCACCGGGUACUAUUUCAUUCAGCUGGAGGGGUGGAACCUCACAGCCGCCAUCAUCUUCUGGGUGGCCUACAUCAGCGUCAUGGUGUUUGUCAUGCUCAACGUUCUGAUUGCCAUUGUGGUGGACGCCUUUUUGGAAGUCCGGAAAUCAACGGAGGAGUCACCGGCAUUCCCAGUGGACAUGUGGUAUGUGCUGCGCAACGUGAUACUGCGCCUCUCAACGGACUAUUGGAAGCCGGGAAGGCUGCAGCGCCACCUGCUCAUGCUGGGGGCAGAUGACGGCUAUGUAGCGCUGGAGGAUUCAGUAAUGGCCAAGUCAGCCGCAGCGCUCAAAGAAGGCUUCAAUCGAGUCAGCCGCUGGUGCAGAGGCCUCGGGCGCAGCAAGCCGCGACCGCGCAGGGUGCUACGCGUGGGCAAGCGGUGCUUGAAUGCCGAUGCACUGCUGGGAGUGCUGGAGCGCUGUGCAGCUCACAGGCACCCUGGCAGUGACUCCGUGCGCAGAGGAUUCAGCUUCAGACGCCAGGCUGAUGCCGACCCUACCAUUGAGGUUCGGCCCAUAGCUAACGUGAUCCUGGCUCAGUUCGGGGAGGUUCUGGACGGGAUGGCAGCCCCGGUGGCCCCACUCAGGGAGCAGGAGCAGCAGCAGCAGCAGGAGGAGGAGGAGCAUAAGAGACUCAAAGACACACUCACUAGGGUUUCUAGAGACGCUGCUAUGACAGCGGAGGGACUAGAAGUGCUGAGGGGGGAGGUGCAGCUGCAGCGGAGGGCAGUGAGGAGGCUGCAGAAGCAGGUGGUGCAGCAGGAUAUGAGGGCGAUUGAGCAUGCGAGUGCGCUGCAUCAGCAGCUGCUGCUGCAGCAGGAGCUCAUUCUGCGGCUGUUGAACUCCCAAAGCGACUCCGAUGCAGCUUGA